GCGGUUUCCCUAUAAAAGCAGGUUAUAAGGGAGAGGCCAAACACCAUCUCUUGCUCUCUUCUUCAUUAAUUCCUUCUUGCUCUUGCGCUCUUUGUGAAAUCAAUAUGAAAGGUGGAAACAUGAAGCUCUGCAUUAUGGUGGCUGCAUGGUUUUGCUGGAGUACUAUUAUAUUUGGAUCGGCAUCCGCUAGGGAAAGAGCUUGGCCAUUCUCAUCAAACAACAACUACGCAGCUGAUUCCACUCCAACUUUAACCAUUACUUAUAUUCCUGAUGAGGAUGAGCAAAACUACGCCAAGUUUAUUACAGAUCUAAGAGAAACAUUUGGCUCUAGCGGUUUAAGCCAUGGAAUACCAGUCUUACGGGCCACAGUUGCUGCAAAUCAGAAAUUUUUUGUAGCCAAAGUCAUAAAUGCUGGGGAUAUAGAAGUAUCAGUAGGAUUAAACGUCAUUAAUGCAUAUCUAGUGGCUUAUAAGGUAGGAAGUAAUUCCUAUUUCUUUAACGAUUCGGAAUCUUUGGCUGAUGCAAAAAAAUAUCUUUUCACAGACACAAAGCAACAAACACUAGCAUUUACUGGUAGCUAUGCAGAUUUUGAAUCUAGGGCAAAGCGGACUCUACAAACCCAAAACUCAUUCACAUCGCAUAUCUAG